UGGGCUCCAGUCCAGUGCGCUCUUCCUCGCCGGUGAUGGUGGUUUCAUUUAGUCUAAAGGUUUAACGCGAGAUGGCUGUGUUUCUUAGACCUUACGCUGCUCCUAAAUGACAAAUUUAGAGAAACCCCUUUCUUUAGCAGUAUGAUAAGAAAAUCGAAAUUUAUUAUUACCGGUCAAGCUCGUCAGCUGCUUUACCCUUGCCUGGGUCACAAUAAGUAAACUUCAGCAGGUGUGCACGAUCGGAAAGGAUGGAACCGCACAGCACAGACAAAGCUCCAGAUGGAGGUUGGGGUUGGAUCAUUGUGUUGGUGUCCUUCAUGGCCCAGCUGCUUGCAUAUGGACAGACACAGGCUGUCGGAGUUCUCUUCCCAGAGUGGCUCACUGUCUUCCAGGAGGGAAAGGGACUGACGGCUUGGGUCGGGUCUCUUGUGUCUGGUAUCGGACUUGUUGCCAGUCCCGUGUUCAGUGCCUGCGUCAUGAACUUUGGUGCGAGACCCGUCACGAUCUUCAGCGGCGUCAUGGUGUCGGGCGGCCUGAUGCUCAGUGCAUUCACCCCUAACGUCCCAUUCCUGAUCUUCUCCUACGGAACUGUCGUUGGGCUGGGCUGCGGCCUUGUUCACGCUGCUACAGUAACCAUGACCUGCCAGUAUUUUGACAAGAAACGUGGUCUUGCCCUCGGAAUUGUAACUACGGGGACCAAUGUUGGGGGAUUCUUGUAUGCCACUGCUCAAGUGGAGCUCAUGGAACUUUACGGACUUGAAUGGUGUCUGCUGAUCGUUGGGGCCCUAGCUCUGCACCUUAUAGCCUGUGCUGGUCCAAUGAGGCCUCUACACGUACCGGGCUACUUCCUAAAGCAGAAAGCAGCACUGCAGCGAGCCCAGGAACAGCUCCCUGCCCUGCCGGAGAAACCCCCUGUAACAGUAUACCCCAUUAAUGACACGGGGUCCGAUGAGAAGUGCUUGACAGCUUCCAGCCCAAAGUUUCACAGCAAUGUGGAAACGGCACACAAUGAAAAACUGUUUAUUGGUUACAACCUGUUGAAGGUCAUCAAGGAUGCACAGCAGGCCUACUCCAAGUACAUUAAUGCCACAAGCCGGUUCUUACAGGAUCGGGUCUUCGUGUCCCUCUGCUUUAGUCUCUUUCUCUUCAGCCUUGGGGCCUCACCUCCUGUGCUGUUCAUGGAGGACGUGGCCCAGAGCAAGGGGCUCAUCGAAGACAUCAGCGUUAUACCUCUGGUCUCCAUCGUGUCCAUCACUACCGGCCUGGGCAAGCUGGUUCUGGGUGUGAUCGCUGAUGUCAGGUGGAUCAGUGUCAUGUAUCUAUACUUAUUCACGCUGAUUGGCGCGGGAGUUGCCCUUCUUGUCAUUCCCACAUGUGGAAGCUACAUCAGCCUUCAGAUUAUCUCGGUGGUGCUGGGAUUUUUCUCAGGUAACUGGGGUAUCACGCCCUACAUCACCGCUAAAAUUGCUGGGCUUGAAGCACUAAGUCAAGCCUACGGGAUCCUGAUGUUCUUCGGUGGGCUUGGGACUAUGCUCGGUGCUCCGGUUGUAGGCUGGUUCUUCGACUGGACGCAGUCCUAUGACUUUGCUUUCUUCUUCAGUGGGGGAUGCGUGCUGCUUGGAGGUUUCGGCCUUUUUCUGUCCCUGUUGCCAUGCUGGGCCAAAUGCAAGGCAGAGAAGCUGGAGUCUGAUGGCGAGCACUCCGUGCGCUGCCAGAAAAUCGCAUCCGUGGUGUGACAGCCCACUUGCGCUAGAAGUGGCAUUUCGACGGUACUUUUUUAGCUCUCUUUGUUCAGCCAUCCGUCUGCCAGGCUUAUCUGGUUCAGAGUCGAUGAGGGGCCUUUCCAAGAAGCGCAAGGCCAGGAAACACCCUGGUCUGUCUAUUGGUGGUGGCACACAAUGGGCAAUAUAGAGACACCAGGUAACUGUGUGCCUAGAGCGUGUGGGAAAACUAUAAAAAAAUGGGAAGAACAUGCAAACAGCACACCUGCAGAGGUUGAGAGAGGAUUUGAACGCACAGCGCUGGAGGUAUCUGGCUAAAGUGUGCUCCUUCAAAGGUUGAGGUUGACCACAGGAUAUGAACUCUUUAUAAUUUAAUAUACAAGGUUUUUAUUAUUACUAUAGUUUUUUUCACUUGACCUUUUUUAAGAUUCUGAUAUCAUAACUGCCAGGGCCCUGCCGCACAAAGGCCGUAUGUAUACCUGUCUUAUUUUCCUCCAACCUUCUUGCCUCAGUGUCACUCAAACAAUAUACAUGUGCUAAAACGAGGCGUUGGUUUGCUUGUGUCUUCGGCAAAUCCCGAAUAUCGCCACUGCUUUUAGAGAAAAAGCAUGCCUACCACCAGUAAAGAUAUAAACCUAGGGUAUACUACACUAAGCUUUGGAGUGACAGUUAGCGCAUGCAUCCCUUUGGGAACUGUGCUGUAACACGCUGCCUUUAGCUUAAAAAGGGUGCUAAGACAUGAUGUAAGUACUGCGUGGUGUGUACUGUAAGCUGUUUGUAAAGUGACACCAAAGGGAUUCUUUCUUUUGAUUGAGAGGGCUCUGUCUUUGGAAUGGCAGAGGGGUGCGUGGGCUGUGAAUCUCAUCUAAGUCCUGACAGUUUAAAGACCGCAAUGGAGUUAAAAGUGAAUUCAGUUAUGUGAUUUUUAUUCUUCAGUUCUGGCAUAAAUGAAUAAUAAUUUGAGGAAAACCCGCAGUUGUGUGAUGCUUUCAUUUGAUUAUUUAAGAUCUAAAUGAAACGUUCCGUCUCUCAGAUGUCUGACUCCUUGUGCCUUAAGAAAAAUAACGUGCAGCUGUGAUAAUCUCACUGACUCCCCAAACACCAAACGUAGCUCAACAGUUUUGCCUUCCAGUAUUAUUAAAUAGGCACCUAUGCAAUGUCUCUCAGUCUUGCUGAUGUUUUUUUUUUUUUUUAUCAAAACAUUUUGCCAUGUAAGGCAUGUGAUGAACUGAUGAAGUGCAAUUUUUCUGUUGUCUUAACUCCAUAAAAAAGUUUUUAUAUAUUGCAUUUUGUUUAUGUAUAUUCUGAAAGUCGAGUGAUCACUUUUGUGUUUUGCCGCUGAUUGAGUGUUGUCCCUCUGGUUAUGUGGGAUCUGUUUAUGAAGCCGUUUGUGCAUUUUGAAGUAGCUGUAUAUUCUGACAUAUUCAUUGUAAAUGUCAUUAUCCGUUCUUAAGGUCAUAGUCAGCAUAGUUUGAAAAUGUAGCGAAUGGUUUGAGUUUUAAACUUUUAAAACCUUUUAAACACUUGAAUCUUCCCACUGUUAUUUAAUUUUUGUGAAGAACAUCCAAGUAAACAGAGGUGACUAUUGCAAUUUUUCCCUCUUUUGUUAAUCUUUUGAUUGAUUUCUUAAGGCGCCAUCUUGAAUACUUUCUGUGCAUUGUGUUAGAUCAGGUUAAUUUUACAUUAUUCACCGACAUCCUACGUAUUUAUGAUUAUG